ACCGGCCCUGCUCAGUCGGCGCGCAGAACUGCUUCAAGGUACACCGUUUGCUCUCGCUUGCGACAAGGCACCCGUUCGCCAUGUCGGACAUUUAUCACCCGUCCGACUAUGUGGUCGAAAAUUCCCAUAUACCGUCGAUGGAAAAGUAUAAAGACUUAUAUAAGAAGUCACUUAAUGAUCCGGAAAAGUUUUGGUCAGAUAUAGUCCAGGAAUUUUACUGGAAUGUUGCGCCUAAAGAAGGAAAUUUUUUGACGUACAACUUUGAUGUGAGGAAAGGAAAGAUUUUCGUCAAUUGUUUGGAUGGCUCCGAGACAAACGUUUGCUUCAACCUGCUGGACCGUAACGUGAGGAACGGCAACGGAGACAAAGUGGCGUUCUACUGGGAAGGCAACCAUCCCGAUGACUACAGCCGCAUCACCUACAAAAAGUUACUGGACCUUGUGUGCCAGUUCUCCAAUGGACUCCGAGACUGCGGCCUCACCAAGGGCGACAGGGUCACCAUCUACAUGCCUAUGAUUCUCGAGACCGUCGUCUGCAUGCUCGCUUGCGCUAGGAUGGGCAUUAUACAUUCUGUUGUGUUCGCAGGAUUUUCGGCUGACUCUUUAGCCGAGCGCAUAGCCGAUUGCCAGUCCAAGGUCAUUGUCACUGUCGACGGCACAUGGCGUGGUGAGAAGCUGCUGGUGUUGAAGAAUACCUGCGAUGAAGCUCUCGACAAGGCCAAACUGAAAUACGAGCAUAACGUGGAUAUGUGUCUGGUGGUCGCACAUCUCCAGAGAGUCACCCCUUGCGGCCCGAUCCCUCGUGACACCAGGCAGCUGUACGAAUGGAACGACGAGAGAGACGUGUGGUGGCAUGAUCUCGUCGACGGCCAGUCUAACAUUUGCGCUCCAGAAUGGAUGCGAGCUGAAGAUCCGCUGUUCAUGCUUUACACAAGUGGUUCCACCGGGAAGCCUAAGGGCGUGCUGCACACCACCGCGGGAUACAUGCUAUACGCCGCUACCACAUUCCGCUAUGUCUUUGAUUAUGGCGAGAAAGAUAUUUACUGGUGCACUGCUGACAUAGGUUGGAUUACUGGCCACACGUACGUGGUAUACGCGCCCCUCGCCAACGGCGCUACCAGCGUGAUGUUCGAAGGCACCCCGUUCUACCCGGACAAUGACCGCUACUGGUCCAUCAUCGAGAAAUACACAGUGACACAGUUCUACACUGCGCCUACCGCUCUGCGCGCCCUCAUGCGAUUCGGCGAUGAACAUGUCUACAAACAUGAUUUGAAAACACUGCGCGUAUUGGGGAGCGUUGGCGAGCCUAUCAACCCCGAGGCUUGGCUCUGGUACUACCACACCGUCGGCGGCGACCGCUGCUCCAUUGUCGACACCUUCUGGCAGACCGAGACAGGCGGCCACGUGCUGACCAGCCUCCCCGGCGCCACACCAAUGAAGCCAGGUGCCGCUGGAUUCCCAUUCUUCGGAGUGGAGCCAAAGAUUCUGAGCGAGGAAGGGAGGGUGAUUGAGGGCCCCGGUGAAGGCUAUCUAGUAUUCGCGCGCCCCUGGCCCGGCAUCAUGAGGACGCUGUAUGGAGACCACAACCGUUUCGAGAAGGUGUAUUUCAGCAUUCCUGGAUAUUACUGCACCGGUGAUGGUGCCAAGCGCGACAAGGACGGUUUCUUGUGGGUGACUGGCCGCAUCGAUGACAUGCUGAACGUGUCCGGCCACUUGAUGUCAACUGCCGAAGUGGAGAGCGUUCUCACCGAGGACCCCAAGAUCUCCGAAGCCGCGGUCGUCGCCCAGCCGCAUGAGGUGAAAGGCGAAUCGCUGUACUGCUACGUGGUGCUGAACGAGGGCGCCGUGGCGACCACUGAGCUCACCGAUUCACUCAGGAUCAGGGUGCGGCAGAGGAUCGGGGCGUUCGCUGCCCCCGACGUGAUCCACUACACGCCCGGGCUGCCCAAGACCCGCUCCGGCAAGAUCAUGCGGCGGAUACUGAGGAAGAUCGCCGUGGGCGAGAGUGAUAUCGGAGACACGUCCACCCUGGCCGAGCCGUCGGUCAUUGAUGACCUCAUCAAUACCAAACCUUAAGUUAUUAUUUGUUAGCAAGAGGCGUACCGUUUUUCUGUUCCUAUUUGCUUGUAAGGCAUCUCAGUUUUGUGGUUUCCCAGUUUCAACGGCAUCCGUCCGCUACGUUCGUAUUUUGGGUUCUGCGCGGUACGAGUAAUAUUUCUAUUUCAUAAAAAUUGUGGACCCAGUUCCUUUCAAUAGAAAAUUAUAAGGAAACAAGAUGAAAAUACUAUUUACCUAGUUCUUGUUUCUUCGUAUUGAUAAAGAUACAUAUAAUUUUUUUAUAGUUUUUUUGCAAUUGAUCAAUCUAAGUUAAGUUCGCGACGAAGACUUUUACUUCGUGUUUGCAUUAGGUAAGCUGCUAGAUGAUACUAAUAUCAUCUAAAAUAUUGUAGUUGUAAUGUCAUAUUUAAAGGAAGUUUUACAGGUCCUCUGACUGAUACCUGAAAUUGCAUUAGCGUUUGUCGCUGCGUAUCAUUUAAUGAUAUUAUACUUAUAAUCAAAUAUAUCCAAGGAACAGCUAUCGUCCUUGAGUAACCAGUCAUUCCAUAGUAAUAGGGCUCCUUGUGUGGUUAGCGUUAACUCUAAACAACGACAUCAUUUCUAUCUGACUAGUGUUAGCGACGCGAUAUGAAAAUACAAUCGCAGCUGUGUUUGUGUUUGGUUCCGAUUUGUCUUAUGCUAUUAGUAGCAGUUUGAUUGAUAUUAUUUAUGGUAUGAUUAUAAUUAUUUUGAUAUGUUCCGUAGGUGCUAGAAUAAGUUGUAUUAGUUUUGCACGUGGCGUCAGCGAAGCUCGGCGCGUGGCGAACAUCUGAUUGCGACGGACAUAGCGAUUGAAUUUACAUUAUUUUUGGGUAUAUUUAGGUUGUGACGUAUGUUUGUUUAGAAAUAUUUAGUAUGUAAAUGAUGCCUGCACAAAAUAUCUAAUGUGCGUUGUUUCGCGGUAGAUCAUGUAUGUAACGACAAUAUUUCUGUUCGGCUGUCGUCAGUGUGCCCUAUCCUUAUGUUGUAUUAUUCGUACGUACACUUAUUUGUGAUGCACAAUGUGAAACAUACGUUACGUAAUGACACAAUUAAAUAUUAAAAAUAUUAUAUGAAACAUUGUAUUCAUUCUAUACUCGUUCUUCAAAAGAGUCUUUGUUGAUCCUGUGGGACGGGAAUUUGGUAUUUCUUUGCUAUCUGUCUAAACUUGGACACCCUUCACGAAAUUACGAAUUUACGCCUAAUAUUCUCAUAUCAAUAUACGAAUAUAAAUAUAUUGGACUUCAUAGUUAUUAGGUAAGAAUUGUUGUUGUGAUUCUAUGUCAAGGCAGGCAUAUCAGCAAACGUGAUAUGAUUAAAUGAUAUUAAAUAAAUGGCAUA